AGGAUGCUUCACCGCGCACUUGGAGGACGAGCCUCGGUGACAAGCCAAACCAAGGCAGAUUCCCUGCUGCCAGUCUCAAUCCACUGGCUAGCGUCACCACGGAUGAGCCCAUGCAACGGGGAAGGUUCCGUCUCUCCUCUGAGGAACGUCAACGCCGGCUGAGGGAAGGGCGGUGCUUCUACUGCGGUCAGUUGGGUCAUUCCGUGAGAAACUGUCACGUCAAAGUUGCCGGUGCCGGUAGCCAGGGCACGGGAGAGGUGAGUCUGAAUUUCAUUAAGGAAGACCCUACACGGGUUCUUCCUAAAGUGACACUAUGCUCUCCUGAUUUAUCUCAAGUGCCCACCUGUUAUCAGGAUAUUAAAGAUGUUUUUUCCAAGUCCAAGGCCAAAUCCCUUCCACCCCACAGACCUUAUGACUGUGCUAUUGACUUGCUGCCUGGAACCACACCCCCACGAGGGAGGUUGUUCUCUCUUUCAGGGCCGGAACACAAGGCCAUGAAGGAAUACGUAGAAGAAUCACUGGCAGCUGGGAUCAUUCGCCCAUCUUCAUCCCCUGCGGGAGCAGGAUUUUUCUUCGUGGACAAGAAAGACAAGACCCUGCGACCCUGUAUCGAUUACCGGGGUCUCAAUGAGAUCACGGUAAAAAACAGCAGUUACUGCAGAAUCAACUCUAUGUCAAGGCUGAGAAAUCCCCAGAAUCCACAGUUCCAGCAGCAUUAACCUUGGUGAGACGCUGCAGGAGGACCUGGGAGCGAGCCCGCCAGAUGCUGCUGCGCCAGGGACGGUCCUACAAAGCCGCUGCUGACCGUCGGAGGACACCGGCCCCGAACUACAAAGUGGGUCAGCGAGUUUGGCUUUCGACCAAACAAAUUCCACUCCGGGUGGAGUCCAAGAAGCUCGCUCCCAGGUUCGUUGGGCCCUUCCCCAUCACAAAAAUAAUCAACCCUGUCACCGUGAAGCUGAGGCUCCCAAGGUCUAUGCGGGUCCACCCUACUUUUCACGUCAGCCUACUCAAGCCAGCCCGGGAGUCCCCUCUGGUCCCGCCUUCCAGGCCCCCUCCUCCCCCCCGGUUUGUGGAUGGGGGCCCUGUCUUCUCUGUGAAGCGGCUGUUGUCAUCUCGUCGGAGGGGCAGGGGGUUUCAAUAUCUGGUGGACUGGGAGGGCUAUGGGCCUGAGGAGCGUUCCUGGGUACCGUCUGCGUUUAUCGUGGAUGAUUCGCUCAUUCGGGACUUCCACGUUGCGCAUCCAGGGGCCCCAGGGCCGUCUGGGGCCGGCCGUUAGGGGGGGGGUACUGUCAUGUGUGUGUGUUCCGGGUUUUGUCUUCCCCCCUGUUUCACACACACCUGCUCAUGUGAGCAUCUUCAUCACCUGUGCCUCGUUCACCCUAAUUACCCCUUGUAUAUAACCUCGUGUCUCAUUUCCUCUCGUUGCCAGUUCGUUGUACCUUGUCGUCGCGUUCCUGCAUUCCUUGUUUCCACGUCAUAGAUUCACAGUAAGACCUGACCCUGUUCCGAUUAUCGACCUUGUCUCUUUGCCUCAUGUUUUUGGAUACUGUUGCCUCUUUUGGAUUGCCUGCCUGUGUACCGACCUAUGCCCGUCUAUUAAACCUCUCUUUUUGGAAACUGUCAA